AUGAAAACUCGUAAUGCGGCAGCAGCGGAGAAGAGUCGGACACCGCCGGCGAGGAAAGCCGCUGCUAAAACGCGUACUACUCCUGCUCCGGUCGACGCAGAACCGGCGAAAGAAGGACCUUCCACCAGAGGGAAACAGGCUAAGUCUACUGGUGUCGCCACCACUGAACAACCCUUACCAAGCAUCACCACACCUCCACCGGAACCGGAACCGGAACCACAACCCGCGCUUGCAGUAGUAGGGAAUGUUGUGGAAACUCAGGUGGCAUCAGAAAUUAAACCUGCAACGAAAACCAAAAAGGUUGUAAAGAGAGUGAUAAGAAGAACUGUUGGAAGCCACGGGAUAAACACAAAUUUGUUGAACGUGGAAGGGUCAACCAAAAACGCAGAAGUUGAAGGUGAAGCAGUUAAAGAGUCCACUGAGGUUGAUGAUGUGGAACAGAAACCCCCGGUGAAGGAUGCAGAAUCUGUUAGAAACUAUGAAAUAAGUAUAUCUGAGGUUGGAAAUCUAGGAGUAAAUGAAGAACCAAGAAUUGAAAGCGUUGGGGGAGAUUCUGUGGUGAAGUUGGAUAUGAUGAAUGUGGAAGAGUCAACCAAGCAAGAAGUUGUUGAUUCCUUUAUGGAAAGUGUCACAAAAUCUCCAGAAAAACAAGAAACUGCUACAAUAGAAUCUAGACCAUUGGAGGAUCAAGAAGUUGCUGCUACCGGGAAGGAGAAAGAGGAGUUUGUUGCACAGCCAGAUGAAGAGAUGAAAACCUCUGAGGAUAAUGUGGGGACGAUAUGUCAAGAAGAUGACACGGAGGACUACGCAAAUGAGGAAAAGACUGAUUUUGAUGGUCUUUUAGAGGAAGGAGACCAUGAGAAGAUAGAGGGGGUUGAGGAUAUGAACGAUGAAGAAAUUCGUGAAAAUGAUAUGGAGCAAGGUGAAGAAGUUCUUGAAGAGGAUCGUACAGAACUGAAUGCUGUUGCCAAGGAGAAUAAGUUAAGGAAAGAGCUGGAGAUUUUUGUUGGUGGGUUGGACCGUAGCGUUACUGAAGAAGAUUUGAAAAGGGUCUUCCAGAAUGCUGGGGAGGUUGUUGAUGUCCGCCUUAACAAGGAUCCUUCCACUAACAAGAAUAAGGGAUAUGCAUUUGUGAGAUUUGCCACUAAGGAACAAGUAACUCGCGUUUUGUCAGAAAUGAGAAACCCUGUGAUACGUGGGAAGCGAUGUGGUGUUGCUCCAAAUGAAGGCCAUGAUUCAUUGUUUGUUGGCAAUAUAUGUAAUACGUGGACUAAAGAAGCCAUACAACAUAAGCUGAAGGAUUAUGGCAUAGAAGGUGUUGAAAAGAUAACUCUAGUAGCAGAUCCGAAACAUGAAGGGCUUAGUCGAGGUUUUGCUUUCAUUGAAUUCUCUUGUCAUGCUGAAGCAAUGCAUGCAUAUAAAAGACUUCAAAAGCCCGAUGCUAUUUUUGGCCAUCCUGAGAGAACUGUCAAAGUGGCUUUUGCUGAACCUCUACGUGAACCAGAUCCAGAGGUGAUGGCCCAGGUAAAAUCUGUAUUUGUUGAUGGGCUCCCUCCUCAGUGGGAUGAAGGUUGUGUUAGAGAUAAAUUUAAAAGUUUUGGAGAGAUUGCAAAUGUUGUGUUGGCACGGGACAUGGCAACAGCCAAAAGGAAGGAUUUUGGAUUUGUUGAUUUCACCACACAUGAAGCUGCUGUUGCAUGUAUUGAGAGUGUAAACAGCAUGGAAUUGGUUGAUGGGAACUCAAAGGUUAAAGUGAGGGCAAGACUUUCAAAUCCCUUACCUAAAACUCAGGCUGUUAAAGGUGGAAUGGCUGGAGGUUUCCGGAUUGCGCGAGGCAGUGGAGGAACUACUUCAAGAAUUGGAAGGGGGUCUGGACAAGGUGGACAUGCUUUCAGCCGUCCAAACUUUCAUUAUGAUAGGAGUUUCUAUCCCCGCGGGGCUGGUCAGAGUAGUGGCCGGGGGUUUGUUCGCCCGCAUGAUCAUGAUAGUCCAUACGGACAUGGUAUUCGUGGAAGACAUAACUCUGAACAUGAGGGACGAUGGGGUUUCGGGGGUCCUCAUCAAGACUAUAUUAGAGGUCCACCACCAAAUCAGCCUAACUUUGAUAGAAUCAGGCAUGGUGGUGAGCCUGGCCGUGGUGCUUAUGAUCCGUUGAGGAGGGAGCCUUUCCAUCCCGAAGUAGGAUUCAACCGACCGUAUCUUGGGAGGCAUAUUGAUGAUCGUUAUUUUUACGACCCGAGCCGUGGCAUGAAAAGACCAUAUUCAGUGAGGGAUCAGGAUCAGGAUCCUGGUUAUCCAGAGCCCAUUCCUCAACGACCUCGAUUUGAUUAUCCUGACCCGUCAGCUUCUUUUCAUUCAAAUCGUUACCGAGAUGAUUUUGGACCUGACAGUGGACGUUUUCAACAUAAUUAUCAUGGUCCUGAUUAUGAUAGACGUGCAUAUCCGCCAUUUUAUGGAGGUCAUCGUCCUUAUGGGCGUGGAUACUAUUAG